GCAGGGAAAUACUUUGACAUGACAAGGAAUAUCUCUAACAUUCAGGUGGUAACAGGUUUUCCUCUCGUGUAACAGGAGCAGAAUGUGGACUAUCAGAUUCAUUCACUAUUCAUUCUCCUGUGAUAAAUACAGCAACUGUGGGAGUAUUCAGCAAAAUCUGAACCUGAGACACAUGAAGGUGUGAUCGACAUCAGGGAUACUCCAUGAACUCAACAAUGUAUGAGUCAGCGGCAAGUCUCUCAGAGCAUUAGCAGUCACACUAGACAGGAUGAUUUAUCUGGCUCACACAGCUCACCGGCAGUUCCUGGGCCUGGUAGCAGGGUUCUUAGCAUGGAUCAUCACCAUGGCCACAAUCGGCAUCAAUGAGUGGCGGCUGUGGCAUGUGCCCGAUGUGUCCAUCAUCACCUCGGGCGUGGCCUGGGUGGGUAUCUGGAGGGUGUGUUUCUACAGCCACGCCCUUCCCAAGAUGGAGAACUGUAAGAGCAUCAGCGUCUCAGACACGUUUGUUCCAGCAGAGAUCCCUGUGGCUCAGGUGCUGAUGGUGCUGGCAGUGAUCUGCGGCCUGGUGGCGAACAUCAGCGCUGCAGCAGCCGUGAGGAUGGUCUACUUCUCUCUGGAGGAGCGCAGGAACAUCAAGCUGGUCUUCGUGCUGGCAGGGACCCUGUAUCUACUCACAGGGACGUUGUCCUUGGUGCCACUGGUGUGGAACAUGAACUCUGUGCUCAGCAACAGCACCAUAGACUUUCCCCCUGACUUUUACCUCCCUGCAGCUCCUGUCAGGCAGCAGGUCGGCUCAGCCAUCGGUGUGGGCAUCUUCGCUUCCAUCCUGAUGCUUGUAAGCGGCCUGCUCUUUCUCACCUACCAGUACGCCUGGCACACCCUGAGGUCAGAGGCUCCCAGAGACACCAGGGACCCACUGCAUGGUCCCUGGACAGUAACCACAGCACAGGGGUCUGAAUUGUGGAAUGGAGUCAACCAGGGCGUGGAUAAUUUUGCAUACCACACUGACGAUGUCUCAUAAUGGAAAACAAAAACCAUACCUCCUUUUUUUCCAUGUUUGUCAUCCGAGGGAAAGAGACUGGCUAAAUACCACAGAAGAAAAGUCACAUUUAAAACACAGUGCUGCUGAAUCAAUCACAUUUUAUUAUUCUUUUAAAGGAUGUUACAAAAAAGUAGAUUAUAAUUCUCAUUCAAGGAAUUACUAAGAAUGUGACAUUCAAAUACUGACAUCUCCACAUACAAGAACACUCCCGAUUCAUUACUGGUACAUGAGACCAUGUAGAAGAGUUUAUCUAUCUGUGAAGAUCAUUUGAAUCCAUCUUUUAACCUACAACAACUGAUUGUUUGGCCACAUGGGAGCAACAGAAACAAGCUGUAACAUCACACAGAUGUAUUAUCACUGUUUAAGUUAAUAUGGAAAAAUUGUUGCUCAUUUAUUCAUCCAGUAGAUAUUGAGCAAUAUUAUAACUCAUAUGGAUUUGUUUUUCUGUCUACCUGAUAAAUGUGAGUCUAAUAUUUGCUCUCCUUUUAGCUCUGAGGGAUGUUAUUAAGCUUAAGUUGGCUGUAUUGCUCCUUAAUACUCCACUGUGUUCACCAGCUUGGCAUUAUCUUUGUCUGUCUGCCAUUUGUGCUGGCAGAGACUGAGGGAGCUUUAGAAUGUUUUCGCAGAGAAAAGUUGCCCACUACAACAGAAAGCAGCACUGAAAGAGGCCAGAAUGUUGUGUAGAGCUGAGAGGAACUGCAGAGUUUGUUGUGAGUCACAACGACACACCUUUCACAUACUAAUAUGUAAUAUAAAAGUACUGAUUACAGUAGCAUAUUGUACUGUAAUAUAUUGUGUAUAACAUGACUUCCUGCUGUCAUAUUCAUAAUGAAAUAAAGAUUUUAUUAAAGGUC